GCCUCGUCGUGGUCACUUUUCGGGGGUGCAACUGUGCCCACAGAGACGCGGCAGGAUGACCGGCCCCAGGCAAAGAUGGCAUCGAAGCCGACCGCGCUGCGUGACUGGGAGAGGAGACUCUUCAAUGAAGAUGUCGACGACCGGCCGUCUAAGCCGUCUUGGUCCCCCUUCAUGUCAAUCGAGGAGAGUACGAAAUUCGAGAAGAAGUCGAAGAAGAUGCGGCAAAUGAGGGACAUCGGCGAUGUGGGCGAUGUGCAACCUCUGAAGAGCUACGAGGAGCAGGUGCUCGGAAUCACUCAGAUGAUGACGCCUCGGGAGACGAGCAAGGCGAAGCCUUCGCAGGGCGACCAAGGCGUGCCGCCGACCAUCGCCGAGGAUGAGGAAGACACGGAGCUGGUCGGCUUGGGGAAGGCCAUCGAAGGUCACCAGUGCAAUCAGACCCCAGCCUUCUGGACCGUCUGGCCUCCUCGCGUGACGGUUCUGGCGGCCUCGUCCAAGGGUUUGACGUCUUUGCGCCCGGAUCCCGGGAGCCAGGGUCUCGCGCUGUACAACCAGGAGCGGCGGGACCACUCCAGCGUAGAGUUCGCCGCGGAGCUGAACCUUACGCGGGGUCUUGACAGUCCGGGCUGCGCCGGCAUUUGCUUCCAGUGCCGCCCUAAAGGGUCAGGCAUGCGCGGAUACGUUUUCUAUGUGGAGUGCGAUGCCGAGAGAU